AUGAAUACCGAAUUCGGCUCAAUAGUGCCUUCCGCUAAUUUCGGUUUUUUCAAUGGGCCUACUAAUAAAGAUACUACAAAUGCCAAUGCCAAUGCCAAUGCUAAUGCCAGCAACAACAAUUUCUUUCUAAACGGUAAUAGUAAUGCUAAUGGCACGGAUUCUUCGAAAAACGCCUUCAUGAUAAGUUCCGUUGCCUCAUGGCCUAAAUCACAACAACAGUUGCAGGAUCACUUACCUUCACCAUCGCAUACAGGGAAAGCACCUGACCAAAAAAAGAAAUAUAUGAUUAAUGACCAAAAUACUAUACAGCUUAUAGGUCCCUUGAUUGCUUCUCCUGAGAGUCUUGGUUUCCAGAAAAAACCACACAAGCCUAGAGAAUUGCCGAGAUUCUUAAUCAACCAGGAACCUCAAUUGGAACAGAGAAAAUUCGUACAAGAUUCCUGGGAUGAGGCCAAUCAACAAAAGAUGUUAACCUUGGAAGAAUCCAUCGACGAUCUGAACGAACUAUAUGAAACUUUAAAGCAAAUGAGAAAUAAGGAGCGUUCAAUAAUGGAGGACAAAGGUCUCGUAGACAAGGCUGAUUCAGCAAAGGAUCUUUACGACGCAAUCGUAUUUCAAGGUACAUGUCAGGAUAUGUGCCCCAUUUUUGAAAGAUCAAGGAGAAAUGUCGAAUAUACAGUCUUUUCAUAUGAAAAAAAUGGACCAAAUGAUAAAAAGGCUUCCAGGACUAGAGCACUAAAGGUUUUCGCAAGGCCUGCAGCAGCUGCUGCCCCCCCUUUGCCCUCAGACGUUAGGCCGCCACACAUUCUAGUUAAAACACUGGACUAUAUCGUUGAUAACUUAUUAGCGACAUUACCAGAGAGUGAGGGUUUCUUAUGGGACAGAAUGAGAUCUAUAAGACAAGAUUUUACAUACCAAAAUUACUCAGGACCUGAAGCAGUAGACUGUAAUGAACGCAUCGUAAGAAUACAUCUUUUGAUUUUACAUGUCAUGGUAAAAUCAAACGUUGAAUUUUCACUUCAACAAGAAUUAGAACAAUUGCAUAAAUCUUUAAUCACAUUGUCAGAAAUAUACGACGACGUUCGUUCUAGUGGCGGCUCUUGCCCAAAUGAAGCUGAAUUUAGAGCUUAUGCUCUUUUAAGUAAGAUAAGAGACCCUCAAUAUGAUGAAAAUAUUCAAAGAUUACCAAAACAUAUCUUCCAAGAUAAAAUGGUUCAGAUGGCUUUGUGCUUCAGAAGAAUCAUUUCUAAUUCUGCAUAUACUGAGCGUGGGUUUGUUAAAACUGAAAAUUGCCUAAAUCUUUAUGCACGAUUUUUCCAAUUGAUGCAAUCACCCAACUUACCAUUGUUAAUGGGAUUUUUCUUGCAAAUGCAUUUAACAGAAAUUAGGUUUUAUGCCGUGAGAGCCUUAUCACAUACUUUGAACAAACGUCAUAAACCAAUUCCGUUGGUCUAUCUAGAAAAUACACUGCUUUUCAACAGUCGACAGGAAACAAUUGAAUUUUGUAAUCACUACUCAAUUGAAAUCAUAAACGGAGAUUCUGCUGACUUGAAGACACUAACCCAGUAUUCACAUAAACUAGCAGAAACCCAACCUUUAAAGAAAACGUACUUAAACUGUUUAGAGAACAGAUUACAAGAAACGAGUUAUAAGAGUUUGAUCAAUUGUGGUAAAGAGAAUUUUGAUUCACUGGCUGAUGUAAAAUUUUAUUCAAGAAGUGUAAAAGCGUUAUCUACUAUUGAAAAGCCUUUCUUUCAAACAGAUACAAAGAAUAACUCCAACCAGAUACUCAACCAAAGUAGUCUUUUUGGAUCGAAAAAUUCUGCUCCUUCAAAGAUAAGCACUACCCAUCCCACGGUGACUUUUUUCCCACAACAAGCUAAACAAUCACCUCAAGUAUGUCAAUUUCAAUUUUCAAAAAAUAACUCUCCGUUGACUCAAACAGAUCCUGCAUUUCAAUUAGAGCAAAAACAACAACAAACUAAUGGUACGGCAGAUAAAAACUCUCGACCAGUUAAUCAAUUGUUACCGAGCUCUGAAGCGCAAAUUUCAGGACCUGAAAAGAUAUCCACGACCGAUAUUGAUACAGAAGAUGCAAAGCUGGAACGCGAGAGACUUAGAGAAGAAAAAAUGAAGAAUAAAGAACUAGAAAGAAUAGAAGCAGAAAAAAUUCGCCUAAAGAAACAGGAAGAUGCGAACAAACAAAAAGUUGUUCAGCAAAUUACAGAUGAACUAAUAAGAGAAGUAGUUAACAAUAAUGCAACUGAAAUUGUUAAACGAGAGCUUUCAGAAGUUAAUCACAGGAAAAAGCUCAUUGAUACGAUGUCGUAUGAGCUUUAUGAUGCAUUUAUUCAUGAAAGAUUAUAUCUUAUAUAUAUGGAUUCUCGCGCUGAAUUAAAAAGAAAUCAUGCGCUAAUGAAACGUUACUUUAAGAAGUGGAAAUCAUCUUACUCUCACUUAAAAAAUAAUCGCGCAAUUGAAGAGCGAAAGAAGGAAGAAAUCGAAUUUGUGAGCCACCAAUUAGGAGUACCAAGCUUUAAAAAGCCCACUCGUUUAUUGAGAACUCCAUACAAGAGUAAUGUAGAUUCGUCAUUUAGAUUAUCAUCUUCAGAUAAGAAAAAUAUAACCUUCUCACCCGUCAACGAUGAAUUCAACAAAUUUGCCACUUUUUUAACGAAAACCUCGAAAUUAUGGGAACCGUUAGAUCUGAAGUCAAUCUAUUAUGAUAAAAUGACUAGGAAAUUUCCCACAAAUCUUCUCACUCCCGCAAAUAUUUUUAUUUACGCUAAAGAUUGGUCAUCCCUCUCGAAUCGUUGGAUUUUGAAUAAAUUUAAUUUGCAAACGAUGCGGGAUUCAAAGGAAUUUGAGAAUAACAUUAUUUCCAGCAAGAUCAGCUGCAUUGAUGAUAACUAUGAACCAUCUGAUUUUAGUGACUUGCAAUUAUUGAUCUUCAAUACAGGUGUUACAAAUCCUGACAUAUUCGAUUUAGAAAUGAAACUGAAGGACGACGGUGAGGAACUCAUCAAAUUAAUCACUGGCGUUUCCCUAAACACUAAUAUAUGCUUUUGUCUUCUGAUUAUUUAUUGGGAAUCUGCGGAGAAUACGCUAUCGGAAGGUACUAUUAAACAGUCCCUAAAACUAAAUCGGAUAUCUAAAAACUAUAACAGUGUUAUUGAGCGUAUCGACCUGAUGAAUCUCACGGAGAAAUCCCCUCAUAAAUGUCUGGAAGAGAAACUAUCUGAGAUCUCUCAGUCAUAUAUUUAUAACUUGACGGAGAGAGGAAAAUACAAUAAAACGCUUCGUCAAAAGAGGUCAUUGGCCGGAAUUCACUCACGCAACUCCCAAUUACAGACUACAAAGGAUAUAGAUGAAAAGAUGGAGACAAUGCUAGAAAAAGAAAAAAACAAAUAUCAACAGCAAAUGGGCGAAAGGAAUACUUAUGCACAUUUAGAAUCUCAUAUAUCUGCAUCGCCUAGGGUCAAAAAAAGAAAGCUGCCAAUACUCCUGUCGUCGUCACACUCAAGUGAAUUUAAAACACCUUUGGCUUCUAGACUAAAUACGUCUGGCACCUCAACGUCACCACCACUACCAUCUCAUCUGGCAAUGAAAUUCAGGAAAAACUCAAGGAUAACUAGUUUGCAUACUGUACUACCAGUUAGCACACCAAGUCACAGCACCAAUUUACCAGCUGCAAGUUCGGACGCUACGGCAACAACAGAUAUACAGUCAACUAGAAAUUCAAGAAAUGCUGUAGGACUUUUAAGCAGUGCCUUUGAAGGAAUAUCAGAAAGCCACUCAAUAUGUCAGACACCAAUAAACACUUCAGCUCCUGCGUCGGAGGGCUGUGAUAAAAAUAUAGAUGAUAUUCCCGAUAGUAUAUUAGAACUCAAGAUCUUGAUCGAUUCUGUGAAGAAAAAAGUAAGUAAUGAAUAA